GCUUGUUCUAAGAGUUUGUCCAUGAUGGCUAACCGAGGAAAUGACUGCUACUUCUAUUUCUAUUCCACGUGUAACAAGGGAGACAGCUGUUCCUUCCGCCACUGUGAAGCUGCUCUGGGAAGUGAGACAGUCUGCACGCUCUGGCAGGAGGGCCGCUGUUUCAGGCAUAUCUGCAGAUUCAGACACAUGGAAAUCAACAAAAAGCGCAGUGAGAUUCCUUGCUACUGGGAGAAUCAGCCAGGAGGCUGUCAAAAAUCCAACUGUGCUUUUCAUCACACCAAAGGACGUUACGUGGAUGGACUGUUCUUACCGCCAAGCAAAACUGCGCUUCCAAGUCCGCCUGAGUCUGCAGAAGAUGAUGCGAAAAUGGCUCAGAUGCAGCAAAACAAACUUUCUGUCCAGUCAAAUCCGUCUCCACAGCUGAGGGGGGUGAUGAAAGUGGAAAACUCUGAAAACGUCCCAAGUCCUACACAUCCUCCGGUUGUAAUCAAUGCUGCAGAUGAUGAUGAAGAUGAUGAUGACCAGCUUUCUGAAGAAGGAGAUGAAGCUAAAACACCUGUCCAGCCGCCAGCCACAGAAACCCAUAAUGGGUUGCGGAUAAUUUCCACUAGGAAAUCCAACGCUAAUACAAAGCAAGAUGACAAUUUAAAUUUCGGAAUAAAAACACUUGAAGAAAUCAAAUUGAAGAAACUGAAGGAGAAAACAAAAAAACAAGAAGGUCCUUCAGGAGUUUCUGUUCAUCCGCUCCAAUCUCGGACUGUUCCUGUGCCAGAAAAGGAAAAUGUACGGACAGUAGUGAGAACUGUGACUCUGCCUCCAAAGCAAGGGGAGAAGCCUGUGGUUCGACUGAAUGUUGCUGAUAGACUGGGAGAAUGGAAAACCGCCUUGGCUGCUAAAACCGACCUUCCACUGAAGCGCAGCAUUGUUGAAAGGCUGGGGAAGAAAACGGAGACUCUGGAGAAUGCUGACAAAGCACCAAAGAGAGUUCAAGUCCCCAGGUCUCUGAAGGAGAGGCUAGGAUUGUCCUCUGAACAGACAGGUAGUAAGACAGAGAAGGCUGCUAAGCCAACAGGAGAAAUCCAUGUGAAAACACUGGAGGAAAUUCGACGUGAGAGAGCUAAUCGUAAACGGGGAGAACCUCAAGCUAAACCCCAGACUGAAGGAAACUGUAAAACAGAAAAUCCCGGCUUGGGGGCAAAACCUUCACCUGCAGUUGGCGUCAAAACUUUCUCAGGAGCCCUGGCUGAAAAAAACCACAAGCGAUUGGAAGAAGAGAAACAAAAACCAGAAGAGUUUCCUACCAAGCCAAAAGUCGAGAGCGAGCCCAAGAAGCGGCCCAUACUCGCUCCCUCUGCCUUCAGCAAAGCGCAGCUGGCAGAGCCGGUGGGGAAAGCCAAGCCGGCAGGAGAAGUGCGGAUUAAAACCUUGGAAGAAAUCAAGCAGGAGAAAGCUCUGCGCCUGCAGCAGAGUGGGGAAAACGUGCCAGCUCCUCCGGCACAACCAGAACCUGCCCCCACAGGGAGGAGGUUGUUACGGGUCACCAAGCUGAUAGCACCUGGAAGAGAAGAAAAGAUGGUAGUGGAAUUGAGCAAGCCUUGUCCCAAAGCAGGCUCUGCACCUGCAGAGCCCUCUGAUCAGAGCACAACUAAUUCUAAAGUUCAAGUGAAGAGCCUUGAAGAGAUAAUGUGGGAGAAGCGGCAACUGAAUCAACGCCAAGAAGAGAAGCUUCAGAAGGAAGCAACUGCUGUGCCAUCUCCUGCUGGAAAAGCCAUCAAGGAUAAAACUCCAGCCUCAGGGAGUGCUGGAUCCACCGUGGUUUCAGGGUCAGAUUAUCAGCUUGCGAAGAGGAUAUUGGUGAAAUCUCCGGAAGAUGGGGUUAAAAGCCCACGAAAGAAUGCUGCUGUAUCCUCAGGGAAGCAGGCAGCUCAGCUUCUGGAACGGAAAGCUAAAACCAAAUCUAAGGCGUGCCUGAAGCCUUUGGAUGGGAAAGCCACCUCCUCCACAAAGCAGACGCUGAAGCGUAAGGCAGCUGAGAUACAUCCCUCUGCCGUGGCGGCUGUGAAGCCACUGAGUACCACUGGUGGUGUCACCAAGGUGCCUUCAGCCAAAAAAGCAGCUGCGGUCAUUGUUACCGCUUUGCCAGAGGACAGCCUGGUCUCCAUCCCUGGGAGAGAAAAACCCAAAACCAGUUCUGAGCUGCAUGUUGGAAUCCAGGCAGGCUCUGUGGCGCAGUUGGAGGUCUCGAGCUCGACUUCAGCUUCUCCACAAGUGCCGGCAAAGACGCGCCGGCUGAGCUCCACCGGGGCUGGGAAAACACCCGUGUCUGUAGAAGAUGACUUUGAGAAGCUUAUUUGGGAAAUCUCAGGAGGCAAACUGGAAGCAGAAAUUGACCUGGACCCAGGGAAGGAUGAGGAUGACCUCCUCCUGGAACUUUCUGAAAUGAUUGACAGCUGA